GUUAUCUCUGAGAAAACCCCGACAAAGGAUGAAGGAAGAAAAUUUAAAAAAUGAAAAAAAAAUAAAACAAUUAUCUUUUGUGAGAAACACAAAGAAAACCAGAUAGCAAGCGCAUGAACUGAAGCAAGGCUUGCCUUGGCGGCAGAGCUAAAACACCUUCCUUUCUUUUUCUGAUAAUAAGCAGUUUCAGUUUCUAAUGGCAAUCUCCACCUCCUUCGUUCCCGUUCUUUCUUCCAUUGCCAUCUCUUCCUCAUCUGCGUCUUCAUCGUCUUGGUCAUCUACUUUCUCAUCUCUGAGCCUUUUCAAGCCCCAUUACCACGGUUGGCUAGUGGGUAAUCCGAGCUCUAACGGACGGUUGGUGAUUCAAUGUUCUUCUUCUGGAAUGGCUCCUACACCUGACCCCAUGAACGUGAGGCAGCAUCAGAUGUCAUCUAUGGCACCCUUUGGAGUGACAAUGAAUGAAGUUGGCAUGUCCAAACCAUCAUAUAAAUGGCAAAGGGUGUUGCUUAAAGUAAGUGGAGAAGCACUUGCAGGAGAUCACAUGCAAAAUAUAGACCCAAAGGUUACAAUGUCCAUUGCGAGGGAGGUUGCAGCUGUGACACGUCUUGGCAUUGAGGUUGCAAUAGUCGUUGGUGGGGGAAAUAUCUUCCGUGGAUCCUCAUGGGCAGGAAGUAGUGGCCUUGACCGCUCGUCUGCUGAUUACAUCGGGAUGUUGGCGACCGUUAUGAAUGCUAUAUUUCUUCAAGCAACAAUGGAGAGUAUCGGGAUCCCUACUCGGGUACAGACUGCAUUUCGCAUGUCUGAGGUUGCAGAGCCAUAUAUACGCCGAAGAGCUGUGAGGCAUUUAGAAAAAGGCAGGGUUGUGAUUUUUGCAGCUGGAACUGGAAAUCCAUUCUUCACCACAGACACUGCUGCAGCCCUUCGCUGUGCGGAAAUUAAUGCAGAGGUUGUGCUGAAAGCUACCAAUGUUGAUGGGGUCUACGAUGAUGACCCAAGGCGUAACCCAAAUGCUCGUCUUCUUGAUAGUCUAACUUACGCUGACGUGACUUCGAAAGAUCUUUCAGUGAUGGACAUGACGGCAAUCACUUUGUGCGAGGAAAACAACAUUCCAGUUGUUGUCUUCAAUCUAAGCAAACCAGGUAACAUCUCCAGAGCCAUAAAGGGAGAGAGUAUUGGCACAGUGAUCGGAGGGACACGGAAUUCGCCGGUGGCGAGGACAUGAAAUUCCACUCCCUAGGGUUUCUAAUAUAAGUUUUGAGUUCUGAAGUUUUUGUUGAGGAUAACGUAUCACUAAACCUGAAGUUUUUGUUGCACCUCCAAAAGCAAAUUUGGAGUUUGCUUAUCAAGGUUGAAGAUGCAGUAUGAACUCUUUUUUUCUUUUUCUUUUUCCUUUUUCUUAGCAUCUAAUGAACUUUGCAAAAGAUUAUAUUUGUAAACAUCUUUGCAAAAGAUUUUCAUUACAUAUUCCCGAUUACUUGGAAUAUUAUUCCAUGCUUGAAUUUGACCCUAGAAGUCAAAAAUUUCUCAGUUGAA